AUGACCCCUCCUCGGCGGCCGCGGGAGGGGAAGUUUCACAACAUUUGUGCGGCGAUCCACCAAGCCCUCGCCGCCGCCUCAACAGCGCUGGAUUACGGGCCACGUGGCAUCCACGGCAAGGCGGCGCUGCACCUGGCGGCCGAGUCGGGCCGCGACGGCGUGGCGGGCGAGCUGCUGCGGCGCGGCGCCUUCGCCAGCGCCAAGAGCAAGCUGGGCCACACGCCGCUGCACUCGGCCGCGGCCGCGGGACACGCGGCCCUCGCGCUGCUGCUCGCUCGGACGCACGGCGCCGCCGUGGACGCGCUCACGCUGCGAAGGAGGACGCCGCUCCACCUGGCCGCGACGAGCGGGCAGCUGGCCGUGUGCCGGACCCUGCUGCAGCUGAAGGCCGACGUGAACGCCGUGGAUGACUUAAUUCAAGAUGAUGACGACCAUGAUGACGACCACGAUGACGGCACGCAAUGUUCCUACCAGGGUGGGCAGACAGCGCUGCACCUUGCCGCUGACAGCGGCCAUCCGUCGGUGGUGGCGCUGUUCGUGGAGCGGCACCCCGCGCUGGUGGCCGUGGCCGACGGGCGAGGCCGCACGUGCGCGCACAUCGCGGCCGCCAGGGGCAGCGCCCCCGUGCUGCGCCAGCUGCUGCACCACCGUCGCCCCGGAGUGACGGCCGUGCGGACCCAGGCGAGCGGGUCGACCCCCCUCCAGCUGGCUGCCGCCGGGGGCCACGUCCAGGCCGUGAGAAUCCUCCUGGAGGCCGGAGCCUCCCCCGCUGCUGAAGACUCCGAGGGCAUGGCGGCCAUUCACCUCGCAGCAAAGCACGGCCACACUGGCGUGUUGGAAGUUCUGAAGCAAAGAUUUCCGUUCAAUGUGACCAGCACCAAGACCGGUUUCACGGCGCUCCACGUCGCCGCACGCUUUGGGCAGGUCGACUUUGCGCGGGAGAUGCUGGCGAGCGUCUCGGCCGCCCCGGAGAGCACGCGCCCGAACCCCGUCAACGUCGCCGCCGGCAGAGACGCAGCUCCAGAGAGCGGCCUCACUCCGCUUCACCUGGCGGCUCAGGCCGGCCACGAGAGCCUCGUGCGGCUCCUCCUCAACCACCCGAGCACGCAGGAGGACUUGCAGGCCGGCCCGCAGGCCACGACGCCGCUGCACCUCGCCUGCCAGGGUGGCCACGCGGCCGUGGCGGGGCUGCUGCUGAGCCGCGCCGCGCUGCCGCUGCUGCGCACGCUGGACCAGCGCGGACACUCCUGCCUGCACCUCGCCGCCACCGCCGGACAUGUGGAGACGCUGAGGCUCCUGCUGGGCCAGGGCGCCGACAUCAAUGCCACCGACAAGCUCGCUCUCCCACUCCGGUGUCGGCAGAGCGGCUGCACCCCGCUGCACGUGGCCGCCCGAGCCGGACGCCUCCCCGCUGUGCGCGCGCUGCUGGAGAGCGGCGCGGUCGGCUCGGCCGAGUGUCGUGACGGCCGCACGGCCCUCGAGCACGCGGCCGGCGGCGGCCACCGCCACGUGCUGGCGUUGCUGCUGCGCCACUCGACCCCCACCGCCCAGCGCCUCAUCCACAACCGCAGGUUCGUGUACGACCUGAUGGUGUGCGGGCGGCAGUGUGAGUUCCGCGUGAUCGACGAGUUCGUGCUGCUGGCGCCCGCGCCCCUGGAGGCGGCGGUGAAGCUGACGCGGGCAUUCGGCGCGGCCGCCCUGCGCGAGAAGGAGCGCUCCGUCGACCUCGACCUGGCCGCGCGUCACUGCCAGGCACUGGCCACGGACCUGCUGUCUCUCGCCGUGGGCUCGCAAAGCGCCGGCGCCGCCGCUCUGCUGCAGGCCGUGGACGAGCGCGGCCUCUCGCUGCUCGACGUCCUCAUCGAGUGCCACCAGCGGGCGGUGGCGGCGCACCCGGCCGUGCAGCACCACCUGAGCGACGUGUGGCGUGGAGGCCUCCGCUGGCCUUCCUGGUGCCUCGCGCUGCUCCUGCUCGGUUUCCUCGUCUGCCCACCCCUCUGGGUCGCCUUCUCGCUUCCUCUCGGCCACAGGUUUACUCGGAUCCCGAUCAUCAAGUUCCUGUGCCACCUGGCGUCGCACCUGUUCCUGCUGUCCCUGUUCGUGCUGACGGUGGUGUGGCCUCCUAUCACGCCCAUCGCCGAGGGCCACCUGCUGCCCUCGUGGAACGAGUGGCUCCUCCUCACCUGGCUGCUGGGCCUGCUGCUCGCCGAGUUGCGUCAGGGCCAGCUCGUCGGCCGAGGCAGCGGAGGGUCGCGGUUCGGCCUCGCCUGGAUCCGGCUGCUGGUGCUCGGCUUGUCGGGCUUGGCCCUGCUGUGCCACCUGUCGGCGCUCGCCUUCCCGGCGGGCUCGCACGCCCUGCUCGAGUGCCUCUGCGCUCGCAACGUCCUGCUGGCCAAGGCGCUGGCCUUCUGCUGCGUGCAGCUGCUCGACUUCCUCUCCUUCCACCACCUCUUUGGACCGUGGGCCAUCAUCAUCAGCGACCUCAUGAAGGACCUCGCCAGGUUCGGCAUGGUGCUGGGGAUCUUCCACGUGGCGUUCACGCUGCACCUCACGGCGCUGUGCCAGCCCGUGUACCCGCAGGGCGACCCGGUGGGCAACUCGUCGACGGCGGCCUCAGCGUGGGACCCGCCCACGGCGGCGCAGACGACCCUGGAUGUCACCGUGCUGCUCUUCUUUUCCCUCUUCGGUAUGGGCGACCAAAACUCCCUGCCGGACGUGAGCCGCUCACCGUCCAUCGUGUCCACCCUCGUCAACGCCACGUUCGGGGUCUACCUCAUCGUCACGCUCAUCGUGCUCAUCAACCUCCUCAUCGCCAUGAUGAGCGACACGUACCAGCGCAUACAGGCGCAGUCCGACACGCAGUGGAAGUUCGGCCGGGCGGUGCUCGUGAGGGAGGCGACGCGUCGGACGACGCCGCCGGCCCCCCUCAACGUCGUCACGCAGCUGCUGUGGCUGCUGCAGCGCUGCGCAUGCAGGAAGGGCACUGUCGACUUGCCGAGUGAGUCCCUGGCAGACGCGGGGGAGGAGGUGGACCGAUUGUCCAACUCGCAUUCCAUCGUCAUCCCCGUGCACUCCACCUCCAGCUGGCUCCACUGCUUCGCCCGCCGCUGGCCCAAAGUCUCCCCUGCAGAGUCUCAGCGUGUCGGGGAACGCCUCCGGCCAUGCCGAAUCGAGGAUGUGCUGGACUGGAGAGCGGUGGCGCAGCGGUACCGUGCCAUGAAGGGCACGCUGGAAGAAUCCCAGCACCACAGGAACUUUGAGGAGUCGCUACUGCCUACAGCUGCACCACAGUUGUAGAACUAGCAGAUAAUUUGAGUGUUAAACUAAACUGCUAAACUAAUCUAUUUUUAUUUAACCAGGUAAGGCCCACUGAGCUGUAAAGCUCUUUUCCGGAAGCGACCUGGCUACAAAUGAUAGCUCAACGAAGUGGCUUAUCACGUGGAAAUGUAUA